ACCAACCGCUUACAGCUUGUAUCGCGAAGCCAACAUGUUCAAAUUUGUCCUCGUAGCCGCCCUAGUUCCGGUUCUGGCCCUGGCCAGUCCGACUCCGUUCCGACCAUGCCCCAACGGAGCCCCGGUCCCGUCCUCGUUUAACAUCGACGGUUGCACCGCCCUGCCCUGCCAGCUGGUCCGUGACCAGCCCCUAGUGGCCGAAGCCCGCGGAAUCGUCAGCCCCGUGUCCACCAACAACGUCGAGGCGUUCAUCAACGUCUUCCUGGCCGGACUGGAUCUGGGCUUCCCGAUGCCGCCGGAGCUGGCCGAUGCCUGCGUCGCCGGAAUUCAGUCGUGUCCGCUGGUGGCGGGCCAACCGUUCGAUUACAUCUUCAACGAUCCGGCACUGGAGGUGCCCCUCGGCGGUGUGACCGUGAUGAUCCGGGUGGGACUGCGCGACGGGGCCACCCAGAUCGGGUGCGUCGAGUUUGACGGUACCAUUGUGUAAAUAAAGUGUUUGUUUGAACUUA